UCUCUCUCAUCAAACUCAACCAAAUUCUCUCUCUCUCUCUCCCCCCCUUACUCUAUUCCUACGAAGCUGCAACACUCUUAAGAUUUACACACACAAGACACACUCGGGCAGAAUACAGUUUACAGUGCCAAAAUAGGUAGCCAUGGCCACUUCUUCUACUUGUACUACGAGUUCUUGGAUUAAGCCUAAAGUAGGUGAGUUGGGGUCUUGUACAAACCUGUCGUUCGUGCAGUCCCACAGGACUCCACGCGCACACAGCCGCAAAACUGAUGUUAAAUGCUCUCUCCAGACUCCUACGCUCCAUUUCCCCAAGCAGUCGCCGCCUACCACCUAUCAAACACCUUCUCCCACCAAGAUUGUCGUCAAUCCGCAGCCCACCGUCAGGAAGGGUGAUGCUGCUUCUCCGUCGAAGCCAAAAUGGAAUAUGAUUCAGAAAGCGGCUGCAAUGGCCUUGGACGCUGUGGAGAAUGCAUUGACAGACCACGAGCUCCGCCACCCUUUGCCGAAGACAGCCGAUCCUGAAGUUCAAAUCGCCGGAAACUUCUCGCCGGUGCCGGAACAACCCGUCAGGCACAGGCUUCCGGUCGUCGGGAAGAUACCGGAGUCUAUCCAGGGGGUGUACGUUAGGAACGGCGCCAACCCACUGUUCGAGCCGCAGGCGGGGCACCACUUCUUCGACGGCGACGGCAUGAUUCACGCCGUGAAAUUCGAGAACGGCUCUGCGAGCUAUGCCUGUCGGUUUACGGAGACGCAGAGGUUGGUUCAGGAGCGGGCUUUGGGCCGGCCGAUUUUUCCCAAAGCCAUUGGCGAGCUACAUGGGCAUUCGGGCAUAGCGAGAUUGCUGCUCUUCUAUGCUCGUGGGCUGUUCAAUCUGGUUGAUCACGGCCAAGGCACCGGCGUAGCGAACGCCGGAUUAGUGUACUUCAACAACCGGUUGUUGGCUAUGUCCGAAGAUGAUUUGCCUUAUCAUGUCCGCUUGACUCCCAAUGGUGACCUGAAAACGGUGGAGAGGUACAAUUUCAACGGCCAGUUGAACUCCACCAUGAUCGCCCACCCCAAGGUCGACCCUGUUUCCGGCGAACUCUUUGCUCUGAGCUACGACGUGAUCCGUAAGCCUUACUUGAAGUAUUUCAGGUUUUCAAGAAACGGGGAGAAAUCAGAGGAUGUCGAAAUCCCUGUUUCUGAACCAACAAUGAUGCAUGAUUUCGCCAUUACUGAGAAGUUCGUGAUCGUGCCAGAUCAACAGGUGGUCUUCAAGAUGUCGGAGAUGAUCCGGGGCGGUUCUCCGGUGGUCUACGAAAAGGAUAAGGUAUCAAGAUUCGGUGUACUAGACAAGUACGCUAAGGAUUCCUCCGGGAUUAAAUGGGUUCAAGUCCCUGAUUGCUUCUGCUUCCACCUCUGGAAUGCGUGGGAAGAGCCGGAAACUGACGAAAUCGUCGUGAUCGGUUCCUGUAUGACACCGCCCGACUCAAUUUUCAACGAAUGCGAUGAAGGAUUAAAGAGUGUUUUAUCCGAAAUUCGGCUGAAUCUAAAAACCGGCAAGUCCACGAGGAGGCCCAUCAUGUCCGAAGAGGAUCAGGUCAAUUUAGAGGCAGGAAUGGUGAACAGAAACAGGCUUGGAAGAAAAACCCGGUACGCCUAUCUCGCCAUUGCAGAGCCAUGGCCUAAAGUCUCUGGAUUUGCUAAAGUGGACCUCUUCACAGGCGAAGUCAAGAAAUUCAUCUACGGCGACGAAAAGUACGGCGGAGAACCUCUGUUUCUCCCCAGAGAUCCCAACUCUGAAGCUGAAGACGACGGCUACAUUCUGGCCUUCGUGCACGACGAAAAGGCCUGGAAAUCAGAGCUGCAAAUCGUCAAUGCCAAGACUAUGAAGCUGGAAGCCUCUGUCAAGCUCCCAUCAAGAGUUCCAUAUGGUUUCCAUGGCACAUUCAUAAGCGCCAAGGACUUGGCAAACCAAGCCUGAUCUGUAUUAGAAUGAUCGUUUUCGACUUUCAACGGUGGAGAAUUACCAGAGGGAUGGUUAGAUUAUACAUCCCCGGAGUCUCUCUGCUGUUUGAUUAUUAUUAUUAUUAUUAUUUUCCGUCUUCUUUUUUGAUAUUUAAAUGUGGGAGGUUUUAGGGGGAGCAGCUUGUAGCUUUGGGAUGUAGGUAGAAAUGGAAGCUCAGCUGGUUUCUCCUUAUUCUUUCACAUACUGUGUGAAAUCAGAUACAUGGUAGAAUAUACAGUUAGAAGACAGCAGUUUUGUACUCAUAUUGUAUGCUUUAAGUAUAGAACUCUGUUUUCUUGUACAUUAAUGAAUCUUCUCCCUCAUAUUUCAUGUCAGAUCGUAUACACGAUAGUAUCAACAUUUCAUUCGGUCA